GUGGAGGAACACCGAGUGAGUGGCGGGAAAGCCCUGGCUCUCACUUCCCCGACAGCGGUCCCCUGAUGGGACGUUCUGCUCCACUGGUAGCUUACCUCCUGUCCCCCGAGAACAGUCAUCCCUGCCCCUGGAGAGUUGUUCAGAACGAGGCAGGAGCUCCGGAAUGCCUCCAUCGCAAUGUCAUGAAUUCACCAUCCCCAUCCCCAAAUCGUCGGCACCGUUUCACUCAUCGAUCACUUCACCCACUUUGAACUCCACUAUGCACCCACCCCAAGAAGGCAGCUCAGCUGUGGAAACUGGCACACGACGCAGUGUUUGCAGGUCUCAAGAAAGCAGGGAAGACCAUCGGCUACACAAACAACACUCCAGUCCCAGCCAUCGUAUGCCCCUCCCAUCCCCGCCCAGCUAAACCCCACCCCGCAGUCGUUACAGAUGGCAUCUGGGCAUGCUCAGUCAACCCUGAAAAGUUUGGAGACAUUGACGAGGACUCUAUUCCAUGGCUGACCCUCUGCACGUCUACCUGUGAGUGUGGAGGUCCACCCACUGAGAGCUCUAAUUGGAACAGUCUCAUUAUGCUUUUCUCUUUCUUUUCCCAAACAGCUUCUGAGUCAGCCACGUCCUCUCUCUCCUCUUCAUCUCUGCAGUUCCCCACCUCCCAGCCUCCCCUCUCUGUCUCCACAGCUCCUGCCUCCUCUACCACUGCCACCACUACUACAACACUCCUGUGUCAGAGUGUUCCACAGUCUCCUCCACUACUGCCUCUGUUCCCUCUCCCUCCCUGUCCUCUCCUCCUGCCUCCACUACCACUACCAACACUCAUGCUGCUGAGUCAACCACACCCUCUCCCUCCUCUUCAUCUUCUGCAGUUCCCCCCACCGCCAAGUCUCCCCUCUCUCUCUCCUCUACCACUGCCACCACUACUACCAACACCUCUGGUGAGUUCAGAGCUGAGAUAAUUAUUAGAUGACAUUUUUGGCGAGAGGGAGCGAUCCAGCUACAGAUAUACAGCCAAUGGUGAUCACAGGGAGGAGUGUAGUUUGUGGCAUAGCUGUCCUCCACUGCUGGAGGUGUACCAGCGAGAAGGGCGUGCAUUCCGGUCCGGAGCAAGAUGCUGCCUCUUGCGAGCUCUGCUAAAACAAGGCCCAUGAUACCAUUUAAGCAUUGGAUGUUUGUAGAGGUCUCUUUAUUGGGUAUUUCCUUCUCCUCCUCACAGAUCCACAAGCCAGUGGGAAGGAAGAUGAGGUUGUCAGCAACAUACACCUUGCAGUAAUUGCCAGGGACCACCUCACUCAGUGGGAGAAACUCCACCCUUUCCUGGGACUCAACAGAGCUCAGAAGAAGGAGAUUGCCAGAUCCUACCCGGGAGACUACGGACUGCAGAAACAAGAGUGUCUGGAGGUGUGGAAGGAGGAGAGGGGGAGAGAGGCCACGUACCGAGCCCUCAUCUCGGCCGCAGAGGAGGCGAGGGACCAGCAGUUGGCUGACAACAUCAGAGACAUGUUAGAGAAGACGUGAACAUUAUACCACCAACCACCACUGUCUGUUGCCUCACCACCCACUGUCUGUUUUCUCCUUACCAUCCAGCAUUCACUGCACACUACACAAAGACUCCAUUCCAUUCCAUUCUCAUUUCCCGUUCUCAAUCUCUGAAACGUAUUCAUCA